CUGCCUUUUUGCGCCAUGGGCGUGAGCUCUGUUAUCCAUCCGAAGAACCCUCAUGUUCCAACCAUGCACUUCAACUACAGAUACUUUGAAAUUGAAGAAGCAGAUGGAACUAAACAAUGGUGGUUUGGUGGUGGGACUGACCUCACUCCAACUUACCUGAACGAAGAGGAUGCUGUUCAUUUUCACAAGACUCUGAAGGAAGCCUGUGACAAGCACGAUCUGAAGCUCUAUCCCAAGUACAAGAAAUGGUGUGAUGACUACUUCUAUAUCAAGCACCGUGGCGAGCGAAGGGGGAUUGGAGGCAUAUUCUUUGAUGAUGUGGACUCUCCCUCCAAGGAGGAAGUAUUCCAGUUUGUGAAGAGUUGUGCCAAAGCUGUUGUGCCUUGUUACAUUCCCAUUGUGAAAAAGCACUGCCAUGAUUCCUUCACACCAGAGGAAAAGCUAUGGCAGCAGAUUCGGAGAGGACGGUAUGUAGAGUUUAACUUGAUCUAUGACAGAGGUACAAAGUUUGGCCUCCUGACACCAGGAUCAAGAAUUGAAAGCAUUCUUAUGUCUCUGCCACUGACUGCAAGGUGGGAGUACAUGCACACCCCGCCAGAGAGCUCCAAAGAAGCAGAAAUCCUGGAGGUUCUGCGAAAUCCCAGAGACUGGGUGCACUGACAUGGAUCAUGGACAAGUUGGAUUGCUUACACUGAGCCAUUCUGAGAGAACAGGAACGCCUGCAAACCAGCUUAUCCAAACUGCUGCUCCAUGGUGUUUCAGAGCAUCUGUUUAUACUCUUACCUGAUGCCUUAAUAGCACUGUAAACUUCUUAAAACUUGCAAGUAUGUAAGCUCAUUCUGUAAGACUGAUGGGCUAAUGUUGUCACCCCCUGUUGCUGCUCCCUUGUGAGGGACUGGCAAUGGCCUCACAG